UUUUUGGUUAUGUAAAGAAAAUUUUGAUGAUAAUCAUUGUUUAUGAUAUAUGAUGAUACGUUUUAUAUGCAUUGUUGCAUGUGCUCAUAUUGUAUAUGCACCCUUUACGAAAGUUGAAGAAUCGUUUAAUUUACAAGCUUCUCAUGAUAUUUUAUAUCACAGAAAUAAUUUGACACAGUAUGAUCACAAUGAAUUUCCUGGGGUAGUACCAAGAACUUUCUUAGGACCUUUAGCCUUAUCAUCAGCCUCCUUGCCAAUUGUGUUAAUUCUACAAUUUUGGGAUGUUAGUAAAUUUUGGGCACAAUAUAUUGUACGCUUAUCUCUAGCUGCAAGUGUCAUAUAUUCAUGGAAUGAAUUGCGCAAAACAUUGGAGAAAAUAUUUGGAUACCAGUACUCAAUAUGGUUCACCUUAAUAACAUUAUCUCAAUAUCACUUUAUGUUCUAUUUAAGCAGGCCUUUACCAAAUAUUUUAGCUCUGCCACUUGUCUUAUUAGCAGUUAACUAUUGGUUGAAUAGUAAAGAAAAAUAUUUUAUCAUUUAUUCGGCAGCUGCAAUAUUAAUAUUUCGAGCUGAGUUAGCUCUUCUACUGGGAUUAUUUCUGCUAUAUGAUCUUAUUCAAGGAAGAGUUAAGAUUUUAAGUUUAAUUAAAAUAUGCUUGCCAACAGCAGCUAUUUUAAUCACAUUGACUGUAUUAGUUGAUUCAUUAUUCUGGGGACGACUAGUAUGGCCCGAAGCAGAAGUUUUGUGGUACAAUACCAUUUUAAAUAAAAGCUCUAACUGGGGCACAUCACCCUUUUUAUGGUAUUUCUAUUCUGCUCUUCCAAGAGGUUUAGGACUUUCAAUUUUUCUAGUACCAUUAGGUUUAUUAAUAGAAAGAAAAAUAAGGGUAUUAACUACAUGUGCAUUGUGUUUUGUUUUCCUGUAUUCAUUUUUACCUCAUAAAGAACUCAGAUUUAUUAUAUAUGCAUAUCCAUUACUGAACACAGCGAGUGCAGCUGCAUGCCAUAAAGUAUGGAGUUGCCGAGGAAAAAGUGCUUUAACUUUCAUACUAUCUCUUGGAGCUAUUAUUCACAUAAUCGCAAAUAUAUGUUUUACAAUAUUUUUAUUGUUAAUCGCUGGUGUGAAUUACCCAGGAGGAACUGCAAUAUCCAGGUUGCAUAAGUUAAUUCCCUUUGAGCAAACAGUGAACGUACAUAUAGAUAAUCUUUCGGCACAAACUGGUGUUUCAAGAUUUACCCAAAUAAAUCCAAAUUGGAUAUAUAAUAAAACUGAACACUUAGUGCCUGGAUCAAGAGAAAUGAUGGAAUUUACACAUUUGCUAGUGGAAGCUAAAAGUAAAUAUUCUAGUAAUUUAAAACCAUAUUCAACCUCUCAUGACGUAUUGGAUGUAAUUGAUGGAUUUUCACAUAUCUCAUUUAAUUAUAAUUUAUUGCCUCCAAUAAAAAUCAAAACAAAACCUGCUAUUUAUAUAUUACAACGUAAGGAGGAUGUAAGUAAUAAAAGAAUUAGAAAAAAUGUAAAAGAAUUUGCAGCAAGUAUUCAUGAAUCUAUAAAUAAGGAUACUGAAGAUGAUGUUAAAAGUAAUGAAAUUGAGCAUAAUAAUUCAGGAACAGCAGCUAGUUCAGAACAACCAAAAGAGGUUGUGAAUUCAGUAAUUGGUGACCAACAUAAAAUAUAUGCCAAUAAAGGAACAGCAGGUGUAAAACAAACUAUUAAAAAUAUAAUUCAGCAGAUGAAUGAAAUGGAAAAUGUAGUGCUCCUUGAAGAAGAGAGUAAUAUAAAAGAAGAAAGUGUCAAUGAACCUAGUUUUCAAAACACGGAAACCAUUUCUGCCAUGAAAGAUGAUCUAGUUGAUUCAAAUCAAGAUAAAAAUAUUAGGUCCCUUGAUAUGCUUAGCAAACUUGAUAUAAGUAAUAUUAGUAGUUCUGAUUAUCUUACUGAUAACACUGAUCGAAAAGAAGACUCUAUAAGAAGAAGAAUCUGUAAAUUAUGAAAAGCUUGAUGAAGAAACUAUUGAUAUUGCGUUCGAAAGUGUGAAGAAACAAAAUAUUAGUGAAUUUCAGGUUGUUGCUGAGACAAUAUUGAAAGAAAAAGUACAAGUGCCAAAGAUAAUGCCUAAUAAAAAUAAUGACAAUUUGAAUUCAAAUUCAUCAAAGGCAAAUAAUUUUACUAAUUA